GUUUAUCAGGCUGGGUCUUUGUGUGUGUGUGCGUAAUUGAAAAGAAGUUAUCCCAAAACGUGUGAUGGUAUGGUGAACGGUUGUUACCUGCGCUGUGUCGUGUAGGCUUCACCAGGCAGCCGAGUCGGAGGUGUAGCCAUCUUGAUUUUCUGCACAACAAAACAUGAGACUUACGCUAGCUGUGUGUGGUUUUAUUUUCGGUUUAAUACUGGCACCAAUCGAUGGUCGGCUGAAAUCCGGCAAGGAGUUUCCAAGCGAUGCGUUUCAGAAUAUGCUCCAGUCGUCAUCUGGCGAUGCGUUGGAGGAGAACGAUCCAGACAUUCCGCUUGGCAUGAAGGGAAGUCCUCUCUCCAGUGUGCGGGACAAAACCACCACGAUAGGACAUGGCCCGGAUGGCAACGAGACGCCAACGCCUAAGUCAUCACCGCUAAACUGCUUCCCACUUGCUGACCGACUGCACAAAUAUGAUUGGGCCCGGUACUAUCUGAGUCACAUGGCGGCGGGCUCUGCAAGGCAUAGCCAUCCGGACGUAACAGAUGGCGGAAUGGCAGACGAUUCCAGCCAGCCCGGGUACGUGGCACGUAAGCGUUCCGACUUUAACCGUGAGAUAUCCGCCGACCUGUACGCACAGUACCCAUCGUCCUGUGCGUGUCAGACGAAGUACGAGCUGCUCGAUCUCGGCUACACGCACUUUCCGCGCUACAUUGUGAACGCGAUCUGUCAGAACCGGAGCGCCAACAGCCGCAAGUGUUGGCGCGGUUCCAGCUGCAAGGAGAUCCCGUACAAGGUGCGCGUUCUGACCAAGCGGGGCGAAAAUGAGUCGGGCGAGCAGGAUCACCAUUCAACGCUGCUGCCGGAACCGUUGCGGGAGUACUGGCGCUUCAAGACGGUUACCAUUGCCGCCGCCUGUCAGUGUUCGAUCUGA